UCACUUCAAGCUUACUAGCAUCAAGCACGAUAAAAAUGUUAAAAUCAUCUAUAAAGUUCUUCUUUUGUUUUGUAGUUUUGUUAAAGUUUUGUGCUUUGGCAGAAAUUUCUGAAGAUUUGAAACAAAGAUUUUCGGAAAUGAUAAUGCAAUGUGCAAAAGAUGUUCCUGUCACCGAAGCCGAUAUUGAACAAUUGAAGAACAGACAAAUGCCAGACAGUGAGGAUGCUAAAUGUUUUUUUGCCUGCGCCUAUAAAACAGCAGGAAUGAUGGAUGAUGAAGGAAUGUUAUCAGUUGAAGGUGUAAAUAGUAUUGCACAGAAGUAUUACGCUGACGACCCGGAACGACUUGAAAAGGCAAAGAUGUUUACAGAGGCAUGCAAAGAGGUAAACGACGUUAAUGUUUCUGACGGAAAUAAAGGCUGUGAAAGAGCAGCUUUGAUUUUUAAAUGCAGCAUUGAAAAAGGACCCAAGGCGAAGACCGACCAUGAACUUAAAGAAGAAUUUACAAAAAUAGUAAUGGCAUGUAUGAAAGAUAGCCCUGUAGAUAUUCUAGACUUAAUGCCACUGCAGCAGUUGAUAGUGCCGACUAAAAAAGAAGUAAAGUGUCUUUUGGCUUGUGCUUACAAAAAAUUGGGUAGUAUGAAUAGUCAAGGUUUGUAUGACAUUGAAAAAGCCUAUGAAAUUGCUGAAUUAGUGAAAAACGGAUCCUCAACCGAAGAUGAAAAAAGGCUUAAAAACGCAAGAAAACUUGUCGAUAUAUGCAGUAAAGUAAACGAUGAAUCGGUUAGCGAUGGCCAAAAGGGAUGUGAUCGAGCCGCUCUAAUUUUCAAAUGUGGAGUAGAAAAUGCACCUAAGGUACAAUAUUUUUUUUUUCUAAAAACUUUAAUAUGUGUGACAAGAAAAUCGGACUCUAGUUUCAGACUCUAUGACCGUACAAAUGAAUAA